AUGUGUCGGCGGAUGGCGAGCGAACGAACGAGUGCGAGAUGCGAACAAUGCUGCCUAACGUGAUAUAAAUCGAUUUAUGAUUGUCUCCGCGCGAGUGAAUUACUGAUAAAUGCUGGACGAUCCGUUAGAACCCGGUGGUGCUAUGAUAAGGGCAGCAGUUCCGUGAUUAGCAUUUGUGCAUGUGAAUCGUUGCAUGUGCUCGAUUAAUGUGGUGUAAUUCAUUCAAUUGAAACGUGAAGAAAGAGUGAUAUGUGAUGAUCAUUUUGGUCACCGAAAUUUUUAAAAGCUCAGAUUGUGUGAUUCUGUGCCGCUCAUAUUCUCAAGUGUCAAUCCUUCAAUCCAACACAGGAAUACGUGAAUGAAGAAGUUGGCAAUUGAUUGGUUUUGAAUGAAAAACACCCGGAAAAGUUGCGUUUCCGGUCAAUCGGUGUGUCCUUAAGCGUCUGCCUGUCUGUCCACUGUGUGUCCUUCCUUCCCGUGGUUGCAUCCUGCAUGCACACCAACGCCUGAUGAAUGACCAACCUCCAGCACCAACAUCAGAAGCACGACCAGCAGCAGCAGCAGCAGCAGCAGCAGCAGCAAGCGAUCGCAAUUACUAUUCGCGACACACGCACCACAGCUGAAGGAGUCACGGGCGAACGGAAAGUGAAGUUCAUCGUCAAUCGGACCACACCGGCAGAAGCGCAAGCCGCAUUCCCGAACCAAACGCUUCCCGUGCUGCCACCAUCGAUGUCUCCAGCACCACCACUACCGCUGGUACCACCGGCUCCACCACAGAUACCGCCAGUGGAUGGAGCAGCGGCACCCAUUGCACCCAUUCUGCUCGAUACGCCAGUAACCCACAAGGUACCGGCCAACCUCUACUACCAGCAGCAUCACCAGCAGCAGCAGCAGCAGCACCACCAGCUACAGCACCAGCAGCAGUUGCUGCACCAUCAGCAGCAACAGCACGACCUAUUCAUGAUCGCGAGCAUUUGCCUUGGUUCGUUCAUCCUCACCUUUGCGAUCGUAUACUUCGUAAGGAAAUUCUUUCAAGGGGGUCAAUUCAAGAACAAAGACAUCCGAUUGGAUGCUAAGGUCGUGAUCAUAACGGGAGCAAAUGCCGGCAUCGGCAAGGAAGCAGCCAUCGAAUGUGCGAAGCGCGGUGCCCGGGUCUACAUGGGAUGCCGGGAUCCGGGCCGGAUGGAGAAGGCCCGCCAGGAGAUACUGGAUAAAUCGGGCAGCCAGAACGUGUUCGGGCUGGAGCUGGACCUGGCGUCGUUCGAGUCGAUCCGUAGCUUCGUCAAGACGUUCCUCAGCAUGGAGCGGCGGCUUCACGUGUUGAUUAACAAUGCGGGCGUGAUGGCGUGCCCGAAGGCGUACACGAAGGAGGGCUUCGAGAUGCACUUCGGAACCAACCAUUUGGGGCACUUUCUGUUGACGAACCUGCUGCUGGAUGUGUUGAAGCGGACGGCACCGAGCCGGAUCGUGACGGUCGCUAGUCUCGGUCACAAGUGGGGCCGCAUCAACAAGGAUGACAUUAACUCGGAGAAGGAGUACCGCGAGUGGGACGCGUACAUGCAGAGCAAACUCUGUAACAUACUCUUCUCGCGUCACCUCGCCAAACGGUUACAGGGCAGCGGUGUCACCACGUACGCCAUUCAUCCUGGGGCCAUCAAUACCGAGCUGAUGCGUCAUCUGAAUCCAUGCAUCAGGACCAUGGCGAAACCGGUGUUCUGGGUGUUCUUUAAGACGCCCAAAUCCGGUGCCCAAACCACGCUGUACUGUGCCAUGGAACCGACGAUCGCGACGCAAACCGGACUGUACUACAGUGACUGUAAGCUGAAGGAUCCGGAACCGCACGCGCAGGACGAUGCGAUGGCCGAGUGGCUGUGGAAUCUGAGCGAAAGGCUAACCGGGCUGCGUUGAGUGGAGAUGUAUGACGGCGACGUCGAUGACGAUGACGCAUCCUAUCACUUCCUAUCACUGCAUCCCGUGUGCCCGUGUUCUCAUUCUCGCCAUCUUAGAACGAAUACGUAGAGGACUUCAAGCCUAUGACUACUGUAAAUGAAUGUUUGUUUGUCUGUGUGUGUGUGUGUUUUAGAGUGUUUAUAUCAAAUUGAUAGGUGAAGCUAAUAUACAACGUAAUGCUCAUACAAA